CUUUUCUCUUUUUCCCUUACUGCUUUUCUGAAAACACUCGCUUUGGAUCUUCUCUCGACUCUCACACGCAAAUAACAACAGCAGCAUCAACAGCAGACCCUGUUUUCUUCCGUUUUCUCCUUUUCUUUCUCUCUUUUCAUUUUAGCCAUGCCAUUUGCUACGGUUGAACGAACGCAUAAGCGAUUCCGAUCAAACGACCCAUCUGACCAUGCGUAUCCGCUCUGCUUCACUCCACCCUUCCCAGAAGACGAAUUUGGAUUCGAUUUCCAGCAGCAGCCGCACCUAGAGCAUGGGCAGCAGCAUCAUUAUCCCUACCAACGCCAGAACCCGCAUCAUAAUCAUCAACAGCAACAGCAACAGUCGACGUUUUCGUGGAACAAUUAUUAUCAGCAGCAGCCCUGGGGAAUCAGCCAUAAUAACGCAAAAUCGGAGGCAUUCUCGCCAAUGUAUCCUAGCAACAACACCUUCUUGCAGUCUCCUCGUCGUUACCCUGGCAGCAAAAAGCACACUGGGCUUGCCAUCGACACAAACAACUACACUCUGGACACCAUUCCUUCCUUGAUUACCAGCAGUCCGCCAACACCGCUAGAGACAUCAGGGAGUAGUGUCGACAGCGAGCCCUCUGGGCUCGUCUCGCCACCAACAACUAUACCCUGGACUGCGGCUCAAACAGCAUCAGCACCAGUAAUCACAGACGAUGAAAUGACGACGGCCGAUGAAGAAGAGUCAACGACCGCACCCCUGAUGACAGCAGCCACAACACCGAAAGGAGCAGUUGCCUUGCACGAUAUAUUUUCAAAGUUCAACAUCUCUUACACCGACCUUGGCAUCAAUAUGGAGGCCCGCAUCUCGAGCGUUUCCGACUUCCGCGUGUUGAUAGACGCCUUCAGCAAAAUGUGCUGCACACCACAGGGCAGCGACAAAGACCAGGCGGACGAAAGAAAAGGCAGCGCUACGGGAAUCGUCUUAUAUCGCAACCCCAACUCACGGAUCAAGCCCGUCAAUUUCUUUGCCUCAGCCUGUGGGCUCGGGCAAAUCUUACACCCGCACUCGAAACAUGGUCCGAUGACAACGUUGCAACAGAUUGUGGAUGCGUGCAUCAAGACCUUUUUCACCUGCUGGGUCCGCUAUUUCCCUAUCCUGUCCAGGGAAGAGUUUAUGGCCUGGUACAACAACCAUCCGUCUCCGACAGACACGCUCAUUGUCAAUGCCCUGUGCUCCCACUGCUUCCGUCACAUGGUCUUCCACCACGGCGGCCCACAGUUCGAUCAUUUUCGACAAGAUCCAUAUCAACUUCAGGAACAGGAGGAGUUCUUUUUCAACAGGGCCAGAGACUGUCUGGGCCAAUCAUUCGACUGUCCCGACCGCUAUGCCGUGCUCAGCAUGAUUUACAUGAGCAUUCGAGCCGAAACCAGCAGGCGACAUCAUUACAUGGGCAUGGCCGUGUCCAUGCUGCAUGAGCUCGAGAUUUACCCUCGCAUGGCGUAUAAUGCAGACGACGAGAAUUUCGAAAAAGAAAUCGACACCCGACUGUGGUGGUUUGCUUGGUCGAUUGAUCUGUACCUGUAUUCUGCAGGAGCGCCGAAAAACACGCCUCAGAUACGAGGACAUGGCGGUGUGGACAUCCCAAGGGUGUUUGAGCAAGACAUUGAUGACGGCGAGAUCAGUGUACUGUGCUAUCACCAUUGCAUCCAGUUUUGGCGGGUCCAAGCCGACAUUAUCCACAUGCUGUGGGAUCGCGAAGCGGAAAUGACGGUCGAACAGCUCAACGCAUAUGAUCAAAAGAUCGUCAGCAUGUACGAAGCGUUGCCAUCGUACCUAAAGUUUGACAGUGGAUUCGAGUACGGUUCCGAAGAGCUGUUUCUCGCGUGCAUUCGGGUCAACAUUGAAUGUAACUCAAGUCGCAUUAUUUUGCACAAGCCGUUUAUUCCAGAUGUCAACGAUCGCUAUCCCGGCCGCUUUUCACUCGAGUCGUUGAACAUUUGCUUGUCAAGGGCACUGAUCCUGCUGCGAGCGCUCAACACUUGCGUAAAGGUCCCGUUCUGUCACUGCGCGUUUGAUCGUGAUGAGAUGUGGCGUGUAGCCGAAGUGAUUUCAAAUGCUAUGGAUAUAUACCGCGCAUGUGCAUCCCCGCUGAUUUUGAACGGUAUCGACAAGGAAGAGUACGACAACAGCCUGCAAAAGUGUUUGGGUAUCAUUACUCAGACACACGAGCACCAAGCACGGAACAAGGAUUGGGUCCAGGUCGCGGAUUGGAUUGAGGUCGAAAUUCGACGGCAUCAACUUUACGCACUUCCAGCGAACAAAAACGACAGUACUGCACAACAACAGCAACUCUACCAAAGACAAAACAACAAACCGGACUAUUUCUUGGCAAAUUUAAAACCAUCGAUCGCGUUAAACAAAGACCAAUCAUCAUCACCUUCAUCUUCAGCCAUAUCGCCAUCAUCAUCAAUAUCAUCAUCGUCAUUAGCACCAUCCCCUCCAGCACCGCAGCCAACAACUCCCGUACCCGUACCACAUAGCAGCAGAAGGAGCGAUCAGGACUCGUCUCACCAUGAAAUCACCCCAUCCGGCUCUAUGCUUUCCGUACUAUCAUUUGCUCCCUCAUCAUCACCAUCAUCGUCCACUACAUCAUCAUCCAGCAGCAGCAUCACUUCAUCUUUCAUGCCAUCCGCAUCUCCAACAAGCACAACAGCAGCAGCCGAUGCGCAACUACAGCAACAAUCAUUCGUCCAGUGCAAUAUGUACGCUCCUCCUCCAUCUACCACGUCUUUAAAUUCAUCAUCCACACAAUCUAAAAAUCAAACCCGUUUCCGUUACUUUAAUCCACGCAAAAUGAACAAAUUUUUAUUUAUCGACGAGAACCCUAUAGCAUGAACACACACAAAUAACCACCUCCCCAUAUAUACAUAUAUACACAUAUAUCACAAACAAAAUAGUAUUGAUUUUUUUAUAUAUCAUACAUGUAAGAGCUUAAUAGUAAU